AUGGAUCGACCAGAGCAAUUCAGAGUCUAUGCCUCAGGUGUUUCGAGCGCAACCCCAAGCGCAAGCCCCACACCAGGUGACAAGAAGAGCAAUACUGGUGCUAUUGUUGGUGGAGUAGUUGGAGGUGUCGUCGGCCUUGCUAUCAUUGGACUCAUAAUCUUCUUCAUUCUUCGUAAGAGACGCAACCAGAAGCCUGCCGAAGGCGAGAUGGGUGCAGCGGCCAUGGUCCCAAUGAUGCAAAACGAGAAGCACGACCACAACAGGCACCCAUCACACUUUGAUGGUCAAUCGCCACCCCCUACAUACUCUGCUCCUAUCCAGGACUCUUACCAGGAUAACUCCAUUACCAAGGGAGGCCAUCAGUCAUACCACCAAUACGCCAGCCACGCAAGCGAGCCUCAAGAGCUGCCGGCAGAGGUCUCUUCAUCCAACACACACCGAUACUCCGAACUUCCUGCCGGCGCAUCAGGGGGCAUGGAUACUCGAAGGUUUUCUGAACUUCCUGCCGAUGCUACAGGGCCCGCUCCUUCCGAAUUGGAGUCACCGCAAGUCUCUCCGAGACCUCCACAAGCAGAGUUCUCGAAUGACAUGGCUAAGCGAACGAGUCGAGGUCAAGGGUUGGGAGUGAUGACUGAGGGACCGUCGCAAAGGAACUAA